CCACAUGUACCAACUUGGAUCCUUCUUUUUAUACUAAGACUUUGAAUUAGGUUUCUUAUCAACCAAAAACCUAAAGUGUGCGACGUACAAAAAACCCUAAGCUAUUUUCCUUUCUCUUUAUCCUUUUGUCUUUGACUCUUCUUCUUCUUCUCUUUCUCAUGGAUCUCAUUUCCAAUUUGUUUUAUGGUCUUCCUUUCUUUUAUCUCCUCUUCUUGAUAUGGAAGAUUAUAGAUCGAAAGAGACACCAAAAUUGUUACAUUUUGGACUACGAAUGUCACAAGCCGACCGAUGAUCGAAUGCUUAGCACAAAAUUUUCUGGUGAAGUAAUUAGAAGAAACAAACACCUUGGCUUAAAUGAGUACCAAUUCCUCUUGAAAGCAAUUGUGAGCUCAGGUAUUGGGGAGCAAACAUAUGCACCAAGAAUGGUCUUUUAUGGUCGUGAAGCUUGUCCUACAUAUGAAGAUGGGAUUUUGGAAAUGGAAGAAUUUUUCCAUGAUAGUAUUGACAAGGUCUUGAAAAGAAAUGGAUUUUCCCCUAGUGACAUCGAUGUUCUCGUGGUGAAUAUAUCCAUGUUAACUUGUAUGCCUUCUUUAGCUGGUCGAAUAAUCAAUUAUUACAAGAUGAGAGAAGAUAUCAAGGUGUAUAAUAUCACCGGGAUGGGGUGCAGUGCUAGUGUCAUAGCGAUAAAUAUCGUGCAAAGUAUUUUCAAGAAUGAGAAGAACAAGGUUGCACUUAUGGUGACAUCUGAGUCCUUGAGUCCAAAUUGGUACACAGGGAAUAAUAGAUCUAUGAUUCUUGCUAAUUGUUUGUUUAGAUCAGGAGGGAGUGCAAUUCUCUUGACAAACAAAGUGGCUUUGAAAAAUAAGGCCAUGUUCAAGUUGAAAUGCCUUGUUAGAACACACCAUGGUGCAAAAGACGAAGCUUAUGAUAGUUGCAUACAAAAAGAAGAUGAUCAAGGUCACAUAGGUUUCCACCUUGAUAAAACACUACCAAAGGCCGCGACAAAGGCACUAGUCGAUAAUUUGAAAACAAUUGCACCCUUAGUUCUUCCAGUGAGAGAGUUACUUAGAUUUGCAAUUGUGUCACUUGUGAGAAAAAUGAAUUGGGGUUCAACAAAAGGAGGAGCUAGGCCAGUGAUCAAUUUCAAAACAGGUGUGGAUCAUAUUUGCCUUCAUACAGGAGGAAAAGCAGUAAUUGAUGGAGUUGGGACAAAUUUGAAUCUAAGCGAAUAUGAUUUGGAGCCAGCAAGAAUGACUUUGCAUAGAUUUGGUAACACUUCAGCAAGUAGUCUUUGGUAUGUAUUGGGUUAUAUGGAGGCUAAAAAAAGAUUAAAGAAAGGUGAUAAAGUGCUUAUGAUUAGCUUUGGUGCAGGGUUUAAGUGUAAUAGUUGUUUGUGGGAAGUGUUAAGAGAUUUGGGAAAUGAAAAUGUUUGGAAAGAUUGCAUUGAUAAUUAUCCACCAAAAACUUUAGCAAAUCCUUUCUUGGAGAAAUUUGGAUGGCUACAUAAUGAAGAUCCAAACACUUUUGUUGUUCCAGAGGACUAUGUUAUUCCUGAUGACUAAAGAAAGAACAAUAUCCAACUUUCCUUCUCUUUAAUUUUAUUUUAUUUUAUUUUUCCAUUUGCAACAAGAUGUAUUACUUUACAGUAUUAUUUUUCUCAUUAGGUUUCUGGGUUGGGAUUUAAUCUAUAGAAUUGAUAAUUUCCUUUACUGAUUUUUUUUUCGUAUGUAAAACGAAAAUUUGUUCUUGUUGA